AUGAAUCAAGCUAUAAAUGUAGAACAAUUGAACUCUGCAUUAACCUCUUUGAGGACGUUGCGUUUAAGUGUUAGCCACGUUUUUGAUACGCUGUCGAACGGGUUGCGAGCUGAUCACGGUGAAGAUGGCAAAGAUAAGUUCUUACUAGAACUCCAAGAGCUACUAAAUAAUGUGAAUACCAAUAUACGUGAUCUCGAACAAACUGUAAAUGGAUUACCAAUACCAACAGCACCUUUUAAUCUCGGAAACACAACGUUUCUGAGUCAAGAAACCACACAGGAUAGACAAGCUUUGUACACGCAGUUAGUUAACAGCUACAAGUGGACAGACAAGAUACACGAAUAUAGUUCUUUUGCUCACACUUUACUGAGUCAGAACUCUUUAAAACGAUCUUAUAUAAACUCUGGUAGCACAAAACGAAGGGGAAAGUUACAAAGCAACCACAAUGUCGCCCCUUUACAAGUCGAUAACGUCAUAAACAAUAUAGACAGAUCCUACAAUGAUAUGAAGAUAACAAUAUCACGGCCAUUCGCAAGUAAUGCAGUAGUUCAAAUAAAUUUGAGUCAUGUUCUUAAAGCAGUUGUCGCUUUUAAAGGACUCUUAAUGGAAUGGGUUAUGGUCAAAGGAUAUGGUGAAACUUUGGAUUUGUGGACCGAAUCUCGUCAUCAUGUAUUCAGAAAAGUCACUGAAAAUGCUCAUGCAGCCAUGUUGCACUUUUAUUCACCUACUUUACCAGAUCUAGCGGUGAGAUCCUUCAUGACUUGGCUGCAUAGCUAUGUAAAUCUGUUUAGUGAGCCAUGCAAACGCUGCAGUUGUCAUCUACAUCACAUUUCACUUUUACCACCAACUUGGAGGGACUUCCGCACACUGGAGCCGUUUCAUGAUGAGUGCAAACAAUAG